GCAGCACUGAUUGUUUUUGUUGUUUUCCUUUGCCCACAGACGCGUUUUAUUGUUGCUCGAGCCCGUGAUAAUUUUUUAUUUUCCUUCGUUUGUUUACGCACUCUUUUUUAAGUUAAUUUUUAAGUAAAAUCGGAGACCAGCAGCGGCUGCACCAUGGAGCCUCCAGCUGCUGGAAAUCUGCUGGAGAUCAUGGACCUGGCCCGCACCCUGCGCCAGGAGCAGCUCUUCAUCCAGCAGGAGCAGGCUGCCUUCGUCCAGCUUAACGGAGCCCUGGAAACGAAUGCUGGGACCAUCACCAAGUUGUCCUUUGUGUGUGCCCAGCAGAGGCAGAUCUUGAACGAGCUGCUCCUCUCCCGGACGGACCAUGAUCCCCUGCAUUCGUGCAGGCGAGCAAGUGCCUACGACAGUGCCCAGUUUAUGGACGCCAAGCAGGUGUUGCCUUAUGAGCAUGCCUUGGCCUACGAGGAUCUGUUCAACUACCUGUACAAUACGCCGUAUUUGCUGGCCCUGUCCCUGGCCACCGCGGAUCGGUUGUCGCUGCUCUCGGCCAGCCAGCUGAAUCAGAUCAUAAACACGAUAGCCACGGGGCUGUACGGCAAUGCCAUCAACACCAAGGAUGUGGAGCUGCUGCUCAAGCUGCUCCGUGAACUGAUAGAGAUCCAGCUGCUGGCCAGCGACCAGCCCAGGAGGCUGAUAAGGACGAACAGCAGCUCCUUCGCCCGCCUGUACCAGCGGCUGGUGGAGAGCAUCUUCUCGGCGAGGAUCUUCCUGACGGCAGCUCUGCACGCGCCCCUCAUGAGUGUCCUGAGUGAGCACGAGAUCUGGCUGGAUCUGGAUCCGCACAAACUGAUGCAGACCUUCACGGUGCGGGAACGGGAGAAGCGUUUCGGCCAGGAGGGCGAUGAGGAGUAUCAACGGAAUGUGGCUAGGUUUCAUGCUGAGACUCUGGGAAAACUCCAUUCCCACGUCCAGGAGUUCGUCAAGAGCCUGCAACAGAGCUGGGUCCUGUUUCCCAGCUCCCUGCGAUGGCUGUUGCAGACCCUGAGCCAGCAGCUGCGGCAGAGUUUGCGCUACGAGGAACAGGAGAUACGGCAGCUGCUCACGGAUCUGGUCUUCACCCACUUCAUAUCCCCGGCGAUAGCCAGCGCCGAUCUCCUGGGCAUUAUCGAUGUGAAUGUGAGCGAAAGGAUGCGUCACAAUCUGAACCAGAUAGUGCGGCUGCUGCAGAGGCUGGCCCUGAACGACGAGGACAGCGAGCUGGUGCAGCUGAUGGAGCUGCUGAUGCUGGGACAGACUGGCGAGGAUGUGGUGGCCAUUCUCCCCCAGCAAUCGGACUUUGAACGCUCCCAGCUGGCCAUCAAUCAACGCGAACUGUCGCAACUGGUCGAGUUCUUUCGGCUACUGACCGCCCGGGAGGAGUUCGAUGUGUCUGCGGAGGAGAGGCAAAGGCUCCAGAGGAUUCUGGGCCGUAUACCGAAGCAACAGCAGCCGCUAACUACGCCGGCUCAGGAUGCGAACGAGUCCCGCGAGAGUCCCGAGAAGGGAAAGAAGAGCAACAAGAGUCUGAUGCGGCUGGGCAAAGCCACCAAGAAGAAGCUGGUCAAGGGCAUGAGCUUCACCAGCGGCAGCAAUCAUCAUCCGGUCCAGCCGGCUCAGCCCGUCCCCCCGGAAGCCACCAAUGGAAAUGGCAUUAACGGCGGGGCUGCCGACCUGGAGCAGAGCUCUUCGCACAGCGGCAGCAACACCAGCCUGAGUUCCUGCGGCGCCACCGUUCCACCAGCCACCGAUCCCUUGGACAUAUCCUCUUCUUCCCUGUCCUCCACCGACCCGGUUUUAGUCUUUAGUCUUUACAGUGCGGGAGCGAAGAGCAAACUGAAGCCUCUGACGGAGGAGGAGGUGCUCAAGAUGAACUGCAUCGGCCAGGACGGCAGCAAUCUACUCCCAGCCGUGGUCACCACGGCUCCCCUGGCUCCCUCUUCCAACAACGAUGACGUGAGCAGCUUGGAGGCGAUGCGGAGGCCGCAGGACGAUGCCUCGAUCGGCAACUCGGACAACCUGGAGGCGAUUAGCGAGGCGGCCCACUCGGUGGCCAGCUCGCUGGACCUGGAGGAGCAGCAGGAGCGCGAUGUGCACGAAAACGAGGACAAUCUGUCGGACAUGGUUUCAGCCAACGUCUCCGGACGAGGCACUCCGAACAUCAGCGGCCGGGACACCCCCUCGUCGCAAGUAACCGAUGGGGACGGGGCUGGCGGGGAUCUGGCCCAUCACCACGGUGUCCAUGCACGGGCCGCCGCCAAUCCGCAAAUGCAGAAGAUGCUGCUCUCCAAGGCCAGGUCGGACAUCGAGGACAAGUUCUGCAAGUUCGAGUUGAAAAAGUUCGAAGGAGACGAGAACGUGAGCAUCAUAUCGGACACCUGGUCGACGGAUGUCCUGGCCUCGGACUCGGAGAACACGCUGGACGCCACCGGCAGUGAACGUGGCGACCGGGAUCGGAACUUUUCCACUCCGCUGAUACCAUCCGCUGUGGUCCUGCCCGGCGACAAUAACUUUGUGGUGGAAGCCUUGGCCCGGGCCGGAGGAGUGGCCGUCCCCCAGCUGGAUGCCUCGGACCAGAGGUCGGAGAGCAACUGGAGCACGGAUGUUUUGGCCAGCGACUCGGAGAAACUGGCCGAAAUCGAUACGGACGACAAUGUCUCCAUAACAGCGACGGCGCCUCUGGCUGUAGUUUUGGACGACGAUGAUGAGGACGAGCAGACGCCCGGGAGCAGUGGCGACAACGAUCCCGACCCGGAUCCGGAUCGUGGCAAUGUCAGCGAGCGCAGCCAGGAGGAUUCGGCCUUCUUCGAUGCGGUGAACUCGUACGAUGAUGCCCAUCUGUAUCAGGGAGCUUCCUCGCUGGCCAGGAGCUCGGUGCGGACCAGCUACCAUGUCCUGGGAGGCGAAAGCAACUUCCAGCAGCAGUACAAGUGCAGUGGAGCGGACUCCAGUGGCCGGAAGACCACUCCCCUGAUGGGAACCUCCUGCAUGCGUCGGCAGACCUCCGCGGAGAGCAGCAUCAGCAACCAAAGCCUCAACCUGGAGGAGCCACCGCCGCCGCUGGGCAAGCACCACCAUCAUCACCAUCACCGGGAGCACCGGGAUCAUCAUCGGGAGCAUCACCACCACAGGGACAGGGAGAGGGAGAGGGAGCGCGAGCGAUCGGCUUUAAAGAAAAAGAAGCACCAGCAGCAGGAGCAGAGGGAUCUGAUCGACUUUAGUGACUGCAGCGAGGACAAGGAGGAGCUGGAACGGAACCGAGAGGCAGACCAGCCUCCAGGGUUGGUGCAGCAGCUCCUGGACAUGUUCAACCAGGACGAGCAGGCAGCUGGAGGAGCUGGCAGCGCCUCGCCAAACGUGGAGCAUCGGCGCAUUUCCAUGGAGCAGCGAUCCGCCAUCGUGGAUGGUCGGAGGAAUGGCAUCCUGGCCGGGAGCAUGCGCCGCCACCAGAGCCUCAACUACGAAAACCACGAGAUCAUGCUGAGGUGCAUGCUGCCCAAAACGGACGACGACAAGCAGGAGAUGCUGCUCUGCGCCCAAACGCGGCAACUCCAGCUGGAGGAGAGCUCCAGAUCGUCCGGCUUGGGCCUGGAAGCGGAAGACUCCGCCGGACCUUGUGGCUCGAAUGGAGUGAUCGGAAAUGGAGCUACUGCAUCGGGCCUGAAACCUCCCACGAAAGCCACCGGAGCCAUACCAAAGAGCAUUAGCUUCGACGCCAGCGCGGACAAGGAGAAGCAGCCGUAUCACCAGGAUCGAGAGCGAGAGAGGGAACGCGACAGAGAGCGGGACAGGAUGAGGGAUCGGGAAAGGGACAGAGACAGGGACAGGGAUCGCGACCGAGAUCACCAUAGCGCUGGAAUUUUCAACAAACUGAAACAGGGGAUCUUUAAGAAUCGUCGCGGCACCAGCACGAAGGGCCAUUCAAGCUCGAACUCCUCCAACUCCCAGCCAAAUCCUCCUGGAGGUCCAGCCUCCACUUCCCAAACCUCCGAUAAUCGCAGCGUCAGCUUCGAUCCCAGCGCCGGAUGUGUCAACAUCGGCCCCCAUUACUGUGAUAGCAGCGAGGACAUCCUGGCCAAGUACCGUCGCAAGGUGAGCAGCUCCAGCGAGGCCACCAACUCUGAUUCCACGGGCAACGGCCAUGGCCUAGGUGUAGUGCCAGCUUCGGCAGCUGGAGCUGGCGGGGGCGCUGCCCACCUCCACAAGCACAUGAACGGCGGGCAACUUCCUGGCGUGGCUUUCGGCUGCGUAAAGCAGAAACUCCGGACCGUGCUCUCCAGGACGGACCUGCAUAGCGGGGACUUCCGUCAGACGACGAGCACCACCUCUACGAUGGCCACACCGCUGCAGAUCUACCUUCAGAUCCAGCUGGCGCAGUGCAUCAGCCUGCAACGCCUGCCCCAGAUCUCCCACGUGGCGGAGGCGUUGCGGUGUCUGGCCCAGCUGGAGAGGCCGCAGCACGGGCAAUUGUUGGCCGAACUGCAGCUGGAUCUGGAGCGCCGGCAGAGCUAUCUGCAGUACCUGAUGCGCCACCGGCAGCAGCUACUCCUCCGAUCGGAGCAACUGGAGCAGCUGGAGGCACGUCUGCGUGUGGAGGCGCGCAGCUGCCAGCGGUGCCUGCUCCAGGCUCUGGUCAAUAUGUAUCUGGGAUGGCCGGCGCAGGAGGAGAAACUGGAGCAGUUCCAGACAGAGUUCGCCCAGCUGAGAGCCAGCGACGAAAGGGUGGAACUUACCGAGGAAUUUGUGGAGAAUCUGCUCCAGGAGCUGCGCUCCAGUGCCGAUCUGCAGGACGAGUGGCAGCUCGACUCCGCCAGGGUGGCCAUCGAGAGGAUGCUUCUCGAGCAGAUGUACGAGCAGGUGAUGUUCCCCAACGAAGAUGCUGAUGUGUCGCGGGAUGAAGUCCUCUCCGCGCACAUCGGCAAGCUGCAGCGGUUCGUGCAUCCGGCACACCCUGCCCUGCGCAUCGCCCAGGAGUACUUGGGCGAGGCGCCCUGGACCUUUGCCCAACAGCAGCUCUGCCACAUGGCGGCCUACAAGACGCCGCGCGAGAAGCUUCAGUGCAUCAUCAACUGCAUCUCUAGCAUUAUGAGUCUGCUGCGAAUGUCCAGUAAUCGGGUCCCUUCCGCGGAUGAUCUCCUGCCAGUGCUCAUCUAUGUUGUAAUAAUGGCCAAUCCUCCGUACCUGCUGUCCACCGUGGAGUACAUCAGCUGCUUCCUCGGCAAGAAGCUCGAGGGCGAGGACGAGUUCUACUGGACGCUCUUCGGGUCUGUGGUGAAGUUCAUCAAGACCAUGGACUAUCUGGACUAGCCGCCGGGAUAUUUGUUUAGGCUUUAGGUGGAUGUAUUUGUAGAAUUGUUUCCCCCCCUAUUUGAUAUUUUCUAUAUAUAUAUAUAUAU